AUGAUAUUCCACUUGGCAGUCACUCCUGGAGAGGUGACUACUUCUCUCAUAAUUUUGGUGAUAGUUUUUGUGUUUGUAAGAGCAUUAGGGAGCAGGGGUGGAAAGCAGGUGUCUCCUGCUGGCCCGUGGUCCUUCCCCAUCGUUGGAAAUCUCCCCCAGCUUGGAGCUCAUCCUUACCUGACAUUUAUGGAGAUGAGGAAGAAAUAUGGAGAUGUCUUCCUUAUCAAAUUGGGAAUGGUGCCUGCUGUGGUGGUGAAUGGAAUGGAAAUGGUGAAGCAAGUACUGCUCAAGGAUGGAGAGAAUUUUGCAGGCAGACCUAAUAUGCACACCUUUUCUGUCCUGGCAGAAGCAAAGAGUCUUUCAUUUUCAGUCAAUUGCGGAGAAAGUUGGAAGAUUCAUAAGAAAAUCUCCUCUAAUGCUUUAAGAACUUUUUCCAACACAGAAGCAAAAUCCUCAACCUGCUCUUGCCUGCUUGAGAAACAUAUCACCGAGGAAGUUUCUGAGCUGGUGAAAGUCUUCGCAGAAUUGACUUCCAAGAGGGGCAGCCUUGACCCCAGAAGUGUGAUCACCUGUGCGGUGGCCAAUGUUGUCUGUGCCUUUUGCUUUGGCAAAAGAUAUGAACACAAUGAUGAGGAGUUUCUUAAGAUAUUUAAAACAAAUGAUGAGCUAUUGAAAGCCUCCAGUGCAGCUAACCCUGCCAAUUUCAUACCGUUUUUCUGCCACCUUCCACUACAGAUUAUAAAUGCUUCCUGGGAAUUUUAUCAAGCCCUAAAUCGAUUUAUUGCACUACAUGUACGAGAUCAUCUUUCUAUAUAUGAUAAGGACCAUACCCGAGACAUUACUGAUGCUCUAAUUAAUAUAUGCCACAACAAACGUGCUGCUACCAAAACAGCCACCUUAAAUGAUGAUGAAAUCAAAAGCACCGUGAGUUACCUAUUUGGAGCUGGGUUUGAAACAGCGUCAACAUGUCUGUACUGGAGUUUUCUUUAUCUGAUAUACUAUCCAGAAAUUCAAGCCAAAAUUCAAGAAGAAAUUGAUGGAAACAUUGGACUAAAAUCACCCAGAUUUGAAGACAGGAAAAUCUUACCCUACACAGAAGCUUUCAUAAAUGAAAUAUUCAGACAUGUCUCCUUUUUUGCUUUCACUAUUCCUCAUUGUACUACAGUGGACACUUCUCUGAAAGGCUAUUUCAUUCCCAAGAAAACUUGUACCUUUAUUAACAUGUACCAAGUAAACCAUGAUGAAACUAUUUGGGAUGAUCCCAGUUUAUUUCAACCUGAGGGAUUCCUAAACAAAAACGGAGAACUGAAUAAAAGUCUUGUUGAGAAAGUUUUGAUAUUUGGAAUGGGAAUCCGGAAGUGUCUUGGAGAAGAUGUUGCGCGCAAUGAGAUAUUCAUUCUCCUCACCGCUGUUCUGCAACAGCUCAAGCUGCAGCAAUGCCGCGGAGUCCAGCUCGACCUGACGCCCACAUACGGGUUAGCCACGAAGCCCAAACCAUACCAACUCAAGGCGGAACUCCGUUCCUCGGGGAGUUCGUCUGCUUAG